AUGUUCCUCCGUAUCAGUUGGCUCCUUCCUCCUUUCUUCAAAGCAAUUUGUAGUGGCGCCACGGCCUACAAGCACAGUUCCGGCAACUCCUUACCAAGAGCUUCGCCGCCAUACCCCUCUAAGCCGUCAGCCGAGAGACCAGGGCAUCGCGAUGACCUCCAGGCCACCGAUGCUCUGGUAGUCUAUCUGCCUCUCGAGACAAAAUUCAGCGACAUGACCCACCCGCGUGUCGACAAGGCAAUGGACGCAAUGGCGGCCAACCGUCAGGCCAUUCUGCUUGAAGCAGAACAGGAUAUGAAGAGCCUUCGGCCAACCUAUUCAUCCCCGGGUGAUAACAGCCAUUCUUCGCUUACCCAGCAUCAGUUCAAUCGCUACAUGCAGGACAUCAAACAGAAAUCCGUGGGAGAGUUACCGACUGUCGAGGAUAUAGAAGACUUCUUUUGGAUCAUCCAAAAAUGCUCGGGAGACGGAAAACGCCCCGUGUCAUUUUCUUACUACAAGAGGAAGGCCUUCCCAGGGUGCUUGGCCUUUCCAAGUCUAUCACGAGGAAUUCGUCUGGAGCUCGAAUAA